CCAGCGCCGGGCCCCGGGGCGGGCUCACGGCAGAGCCGGCGGGGCGGGGCGGCGGCGCGGCCCGGUGGCUCCCCGCGGCACAGGCGGGGCCGCGGCCGCGAUGCUGCCGGCGCUGCCGGACGGCGAUGAGCGGGAGCUGGAGAGCAGCGAGGAGGGCGGCGGCGGGGGCGAGGAGCGGCGGCCGGAGCGGCACGGCUGCACCUACCACGGCCUCUAUGGAUACCGCAGGUCCGGGCAGCAGGGAGGCGCCGGCGGGGAUGGCAGUGCCGGCAGCGCCGUGGCACACACACCCUCCACCGAAGACUUCAGCCUCUCCCUGCUGGACACCAACUUACCAGCUGAGGCGGAGACGGAGCUGCGCAGUUUCAUUGCUAAGCGUCUUUCUAAAGGAGCGCUGUUUGAAGGAAUGGGGAAUGUAGCAUCAGUGGGGCUGAGCAUACCAGAAGGUAAAGUUGGUUGUUACUACUGUCGUUUCCAACAAGAAAGUCUUCUGGAAAUGGCAACAUUGGAAUCAGACAUCAAUGCUCCAGAAUAUGUGGUUUGUUUCUUAGGUGGCUCAGAGAAAGGUCUAGAACUUUUCAGACUUGAGCUGGACAAAUACAUUCAAAAUCUGAAGAUAAACCUUGAUUUGGAGCAAAAAAAUGUAGAGGCCGGUGUUGGCUCCUACCUGCGGAGCUGGUUUGAGGACGCCAUCUGCCCUAUCCAGAGGGUGGUGCAGCUCUUCCAGGACAAACUUGCCUCUCUGCUACAUGCUGCUCUGAGUUACACUCCUGUAGAAGUCAAAAAUGCAGAUGAAAGAACAGAAAAGGACAUCAGCAGGUUCCUGGCAGCUGCCAGCCUCCAAGGACUGGUCCAGGAGGGCACAAUGACCUCCCUGUGCAUUGCCAUGACAGAGGAACAGCACAAGUCCAUGGUUAUAGACUGCACUGGACCCCAGCCCCAGCUGCACAAUGCAGGAAACAACAGAUUCUGUGAGGACUGGAUGCAAGCUUUUGUGAACGGUGCUGAAGGUGGAAAUCCAUUUCUCUUCCGUCAGAUUUUGGAAAACUUUAAAUUGAAGGCUAUCCAGGACAUCAACAAUCUGAAGAGGUUUAUCCGCCAGGCUGAAAUGAACCACUACGCCUUGUUCAAGUGCUACCUGUUCCUAAGGAACUGUGGCAGUGGAGACAUCCUGCUGAAGAUUGUGAAAGUAGAGCAUGCAGAAAUGCCAGAAGCCAGGAAUGUAGUGACUGUCCUGGAGGAAUUCAUGAGAGAAACGUCAGUGGCUUAAAAUUAUCUUAUGUAUAAAUCAUUAAUUUCUUCUGUGCAGCUCUUGCAGGAUUUUUAAUUUAUAUUUUAAAGUAUUGCCCAAGUCAAACCUUAGUUGCAGUUUCACCUGCCUUUUCUUGUUUUUAGACAAAGCACUAUGAGCUUUUUUAAUGUGUAAAUAUCAGAUAAUACAAACUCCUGCAGAGUUUU